AUGAAGCAUUUGUUUGACGAUGAACGGACGAAGAAAUACCUCUUGCAUUGGGCUAGGAACAACCCACCGGUGGAUUCCCCAUUGCACCUUGCUACCUUCUUCUUCUGGAACAGCGGUACGGCGGAGCAGAAAUCGCAAGCUGGCAUGUUACGUGCCCUUCUACACCAAAUAUUGGAUCAGUCGCCUGGUCUCGUCCCAAUCGUCUUCCCUGACAUAUGGGCAGCCGUGUAUUCACGAUUCCUGGAUAGAGAACGACGCAAGACGAAGUCACUCCCAAUGUUAAAUACAUGGAAAUUACAAAAUCUCAAACUCGCGCUUAAAACGCUGGCCAAACAGACUCAGAUGCCUCUCAAACUGUUGUUCUUGAUUGAUGGAUUGGACGAAUUUGACGAAGAUCCCGAGGACCUAAUUGGGAUGGUCCGAGAAACAAUAGCGUGUGGUAAAGGCCGCAUCAGGUUUUGCUUGUCUAGCAGGCCAUGGGUAAUUUUCGAAGAUAGCUUUGGGCAAUUUGCAAAUCUGAAGAUGUCGAACCUGGGUAAAAUGCGUGCAAAUACAGCCUUUCAACGACUCGCAGAAGCCGAGCCAGAAACAACAGAUCAACUUGUACAGGAAAUUGUACAUAAAGCUGAGGGUGUGUUCCUCUGGGUUCGUAUUGUCGUCAAAUCACUAUUGAGCGGAAUGCGGAAUCUAGACGACAUGUCAGACUUAUGGAGGCGGUUGGAGCUACUGCCAAAGGAGCUGGAGCCGCUGUAUGAACAUCUGGUGGUAAACAUAGAGCCAGUAUAUCUGGAAUGGGUCUCCAAGGUAUUCCGAAUCGUUCAAACCUCCCGUGGCUUUGAUUACACCACCAAUUAUCUGGAAAUCCAUCAAUCCAGAUCGCCAGCUCGUCGCAAUCCCCUCACUCUGAUCGCACUACACUUGGCAAUCGCCGAAAACUUCGAUCUGAAAGCAGCACGAGCUGCGAAGCCCGGCCCAUUGAGGCUAGAUGCCAAACCUUGGCAACACAACUGA